UGGGAGUGGGAGUCCUGGGUGGGGUGGUGGGGCAGCAGAGAAAGAUGUCCGAGGUGCGGCUGCCCCCGGUGCGGGCGCUGGAGGACUUCCUGCUGGGCUCCAGCCGCCUGGCCUUCCCGGACGUCCGCGAUGGGCAGCGCUGGCACAACCGCGUGGUCAACAACCUCCUCUACUACCAGAGCAACUACUUACUGGCGCUGGGCGCAGGGCUGGCGCUGGGCGGGUAUUUUUGCCCAGGUCUGACGUUGUUGAGUGGCACGCUUGUCACACUGAUCUUCGUGGGUUUUGUUUGGGCGGCUGAGAACAAGGCUCCUGUUCGACGCUUCCGUAGGAAUUACCCUGGCACUUGCUUCUUUGCCGUCCUUGGCUUGGCAUACUUCCUGGUGUCUCUCUUGGAAGGCUCUGCCACCUUCUUGGUUUUCAUCGCUCUGCCCAUCAUGCUGAUCCUCAUCCACGCUUCUCUGCGUCUCCGUAACCUCAAGAACAAGAUAGAGAACAAAAUGGAGAGCAUCGGACUCAAGCGCACACCCAUGGGGCUGCUCCUGGAAGCUCUUGGGCAGGAACAGGAAGCUGGAUCUUAGACCAUCACCGGGGUUGCAUUACCUACCAUCUCUUCCUUCCUUCCAAUGGACUGGUGACUCUUUCCACCCCAGUUCCUUUGCUUUCCGAUUUGCACAACUCUGUUGAAGAGCCUGGCUAUGAGCUGAUGCAAAAAGGCAGUAUUCUCUGGACUUGCAACUGGUGGGACUCCCCAGUUCAAAGUAGUGAUUGUUGAGGACCAAUAGAGGUGUGAAGCUAACAGGGUUGACAUCAAGUUCAGUAUUUGUAACUGAUAGUAUGUUUUAAUUCUUGGGACUGGUUUUCCUGAUUGCACUUAGAGACGUGAGAUAGAGUGAAGCAUCAAGUAAGAUGGAUGAAUUACAGGGCCAUUUUUUUUUCUAAAUCUUGACUGUAAAUAUUAGUUUGUUGUAUGUUUAGAUGUGGGAUCAGAAAAAGCAGCAAACAGAAUCAUAGAGCAAAAUCAACAGAUGAAAGGGUGGCCUAGUACUAGUUGUCCAAGGAAGGUUGUCUUGUAGAAUAGUACUUCCUAGCAUUUCUAUACCACUUUCCAGUGCUUUAUAUGCAGCAUUGCUGUACUGCUUACAGAAACCUUAUCAUUAGAUUGUGUCUUGACAACAUAUUGCAAUGAAAGGCCUGAGGCUGACUGAGCGUCUUGACUCGGUUCAACCAACAUAGUCGUGGUAGAGGUAAGAUUUAAAUGAGGGUUCCAUUUUUUAUCCAAUACAUUGUAUUUACAGUGGGGGAAAGAAGUAUUUAGUCAGAUACCAAUUUUACAAGUUCUCCCACUUAAAAAGAGGAGAGAGGCCUGUAAUUGACAUCAUAGGUAGACCUCAACUAUGAGAGACAACAUAAGAAAACCCAUCCAGAAAAUCACAUUGUCUGAAUUUUCACAAAUUUAUUUGCAAAUUAUGGUGAAAAAUAAGCAUUUGGUCACCUACAAACAAGCAAGAUUUCUGGGUCUUACAGACCUGUAAUUUCUUCUUGAAGAGGCUCCUCUGUCCUCCACUCAUUACCUGUAGUAAUGGUACCUAUUUGAACUUGUUAUCAGUAUAGAAGACACCGGUCCACAACCUCAAACAGUCACACUCCAAACUCCACUAUGGUGAAGACCAAAGAGCUGUCCAAGGACACCAGAAACAAAAUUGUAGCCUUGCACCAGACUGGGAAGACUGAAUCUGCAGUAGGCAAGCAGCUUGGUGUGAAGAAAUCAACUGAGGGAGAAAUAAUUAGAAAAUGGAAGAGAUUCAAGACCACUGAUAAUCUCCCUCAAUCUGGGGCUCCACGCAAGAUCGCACUCCGUGAGGUCAAAAUGAUCACAAGAACGGUGAGCAAAAAUUCCUGAACCACACGGGGGACCUAGUGAUGACCUGCAGAGAGCUGGGACUAAUGUAACAAAGGCUACCAUCAGUAACACACUACGCUGCCAGGGACUCAGAUCCUGCAGUGCCAGACGUGUCCCCCUGCUUAAGCCAGUACAUGUCUGGGCCUGACUGAAGUUUGCUAGAGAGCAUUUGGAUGAUCCAGAAGAGUAUUGGGAGAAUGUCAUAUAGUCAGAUGAAACCAAAGUAGAACUGUUUGGCAGAAACACAACUCGUUGUGUUUGGAGGAGAAAGAAUGCUGAGUUGCAUCCAAAGAACACCAUUCCUACUGUGAAGCAUGGCGGUGGCAGCAUCAUGCUUUGGGGCUGUUUCUCUGCAAAGGGACCAGGUUGACUGAUCCGUACUCAUGAAAAAAUGAAUGAGGCCAUGUAUUGUGAGAUUUGGAGUGCAAACCUCCUUCCAUCAGCAAGGGCACUGAAGAUGAAACGUGGCUGGGUCUUUCAGCAUGACAAUGAUCUCUAGCACACCGCCAGGACAAUGAAGGAGUGGCUUCGUAAGAAGAAUUUCAAUGUCCUGGAGUGGCCUAGCCAGUCUCCAGAUCUCAACCCUAUAGAAAAACUUUGGAGGGUGUUGAAAGUCCGUGUUGCCCAGCAACAGCCCCAAAACAUCACUGCUCUUGAGGAGAUCUGCAUGGAGGAAUGGGCCAACAUACCAGCAACAGUGUGUGCCAACCUUGUGAGGACUCACAGAAAAUGUUUGACCUCUGUCAUUGCCAGUAAAGGAUAUAUAACAAAGUAUUGAAAUGAACUUUUGUUAUUGACCAAAUACUUAUUUUCCACCAUAAUUUGCAAAUAAAUUUGUGAAAAAUCAGACAGUGUGAUUUUCUGGAUGUUUUUUCUCAUGUUGUCUCUUGUAGUUGAGGUCUAUCUAUGAUGUCAAUUACAGGCAUCUCUCAUCUUUUUAAGUGGGAGAACUUGUACAAUUGGUACCUGACUAAAUACUUCCCCCCCCACCACACCCCACUGUAUUCUGUAAUCUACAAAGCCCAUGAUGUCUCCUGAUUUUAUAGAGAGGCAUGGAACAAAGUCAGAGCAAAGUGGAUAUGAUAUGAAGAUGGCAUUGCAGGGUAGAAAAUGAUUUCUGAGACUUAACUAAAUCUUAGAUUUUAUGGGAAAGGCUAAUUGUGCUGAGUUCAGGCAGUAGCCAACGUACAUGGCAGAUUGUACAUUCCAUUUCAGAAGAAGAAAACCCAUCCCAGAUAACCCAUAUUUUGUCAUUACCCUUAGGGGACCAUUCCAGAUUCAAAUCGGACAAAGUUUGAAAUGUUAACUUUCACUCCAUCAGCCAUCGACAAACCAGUCUGGUGAGGCAACUAGUGGAUACUAUGUCAGAGAGAUGGCAAAACCAUUUGUGCUUUUAAUCCAGGUUUUGAAAGAGGCCUCUAGGAUGCCAAACUCUGUUCUUAAUUAAUUUCAGCACCUUGGAUAGCUCCUUUAAACCUAGGCAUAAUCUUGACUAGAUUGACCAACCCCUUGACAUGGGAGGCCCUUGUGGGUCUGACCAUAUACAGAAAAUCAGAAGACGGACCAAGUUUAGAAUAGUGCAUAGUGAUAAGUAGCAUAAGGAAUGAGAUGUUAGCUAAAUCAGGAGUGGGGGAUCCACUGAGGCCCCUUCUACACUGCCAUAUAAUCCUGACUAUCAAAGCAGAUAAUCCACAUAAUCUGCUUUGAACUGAAUUAUAUGAGUCUACACUGCCAUAUAAUCCAGUUCAAAGUAGAUAAUCUGGAUUUUAUAUGGCAGUGUAGAAAGGGCCUCAGACAUUUUUGAUUUCAACUUCCAGAAGUUCCAGCCAGAAAGGUUAAGGGUAAGGAAUGAUGGGAGUUAUCCAAUUGUGUUAGGACCUUUUUUGCAAUGAAGAUGCUAGAAGCAUUGCUAAGAAAUACAAUUGUCAAAGGAAUUUAAAUGUUAAUGCCUGUCCAGUUUUAUGUACUAGUUGUUUUUUAAAAAAGAAAUAUGUGGUUGACAAAGGACUUGAAAGCUUAUUUCUAGCUUAUUUUUAAAUUGUGUUAGUGAAAAAUAGUCCCCUUUGUACCCCUUGGUUUGUGAGGUGUAGGAGGCAAAAUUGCAUUUGUUCAUGGUUGGCUUUACACAGGAACUAUUAAUUCCUGUGGUAAACCUUCCUUCUAAGAACCAUAAAUUCCAAGUCAUUCUGGGUUUUCCUUCAGUCUCCUUCAGCCAAUCUGAUGAAUGAUUUGGCUACCAGUUGGAUCCCAAAGCUUCACCAUCAGAUCCAAGGUUUGUCUGAUGGUGGGGCUUCCCAGCCUUCUUUAACCUUGUGCUUCUCCUGAUGGUUUGGCUCUCAGCUCACAUUAACCCCAGGCACUGUGGCUCUGUAUGUUAUGAUCGCAGGCAAGUGAUUAAUACAUGGGAAAGAUAUAUAUGGUUCUAUAAAAUGUUCAACAAAUUAUUUCCCUUUAUUAUCUGUUGCCCUCCUGCCAGCCUGCCAGAAAUGUUGUAGCAAAUGUGACUCCCAUUUCCUGCAAUGCUGGCGAGCUAAGUCACUUGCAAUAGCUUUAGGAAUAGAGGUGAAGAAGAAUGUUGGCUGAAUCCCCCAAAAUCUGGCUCAAUAGAGGCGCCCUGGAAGCUGCGUUGACCAUUUUCCUCUGGAGCAAACAUGGGAGAAGGGGGAAUUUGCUCUCUGAGUGACUUCAGAGGUCAUUUCCCCUCAUUUCAGUUUCAUGUUUAUGUUGCAUCAGAGAAGGUGGCUCAGUAUCAUUUUCCUCCUAAGGUUACUGAUCAUGUAAGGAGGAUUGCAUAUUGCAAGUCGUUUCUGAUUGUGACAGAAUCAGCCGUCUACAAAGACGUUGCCCAAGGAACACCCGGAUGUGUUACGAUCCUGCAGGGAGGCAUCUCUCAUGUCCCUCAGCAAGCAAGAGUCCAAAAGUGGCAGGCUAAAACUCAGAACCUCAAUUAGUGGCUGAUGCCGGAUGAGAGACUACCUCCUGGGCACACACAAGACUGGGAGACUUGGAAGGCACUGAACAGACUGCACUCUGGACCACAAGAUGCAGAGCCAAUCUUAAGAAAUGAAUCUACAAAGUGGAGUCCAAGAUAUAUGAGUGUGGAGAAGAGCAAACCAGUCUACCUAUUACAACGCAGUCUGAGCCCUGCCACAUGCACCAUGGAGAACCUUACAGCAACACCAGAGGCACUCCAAGUGGCCAGAUUCUGGUCAAAGGACAUUUAGUAUAAUGCCAAGUUGUUUUAAAAAUUUUGUAUAAGGAGGGAUAGGUUCUCCUUGCCUUCUACACCUUGAAUUUUGAUGGGCCCCCAAUUCCGUUCUUCUUGCAUUUUGACAGGAGGUAUGUUGAAGAAGCAAGGACUUGGGUUUUAUAUAAGUGAGGACCAGGGCCGUAGUCAGAAAAAAAUUUCGGAAGGGGUUUUGAAAAUUUGGGGGGGGGGUUUGAACCCCUGACCCGCCCGCCCCCCCGGGUUCAGACCUGUCAAUAUCUGCUUGAGAUAGUGCCUGGAGGGACUCUUAAUGUUUUACGUCUCAUAGACUUAGCAUGGGGAUUUGGUUAACCAGUUAAAAUUCAUGAGUAAACCAGGUUUUUUUUUUAACCCGAAAAAUUUUGGGGGGGGGGGGGUUGAACCCCUAACCCCCCCCCCCUCGCUACUGGCCUGGUGAGGACUAUGUAGGCCUCCAGAUGUUGAGCUGCAAUUGCUGUUAAACCUAACCCCCAUAGGUCAGUUCCAACAACUGGUUCCUCGUUUCUGGCUCAUCUGGAGAACCACUCUCAUCCCAAUUUAAUAAAGCCAUACAAGAGAACUUUCAGAUUUGGAACCCCCAUUUUUAUGACAGCCAUUAUGCCAUAUACAUUCUCUUCAAGAUAUACACACCAUCUUUGAUUUCCUUUUAAACUCCCCUUUGUUUGCAGCUCACCAAAAAUCCAUGGCACUGCUUCCUAGCAAUUUGUUACAGUCUUGACUAGGUGACAAAAUGAUUCGUGACUGUGGACCUUUUAUAGAACAGCUUUUCCAGCCUGAAACAAGUCUGUCUCAACUUCUGUGAAGGUGUCAAUUAUGUUUUAUACACAGAAGCAUUUUUUUCUACCAUUGACGGCAUUUCAUACAAUGCCUAACAAGGUGUGUGUCUCUUUAAAAAGCUGUUUUUCUUAAAAUGUUUUCUCAUUGCGUUAUUAAUGGGAAAGUGCAGUGUUUGAAAGUCUUGACUUUUUGUCACAUACUUCCUUAGCCACUGGGUACAGUUGGUCUACUAGACAUUGCUCGCUGUAUCUCUCAAAUGUGCCAACCUUGAGGGUUGACACCUGGGUUAUAUAGAUGGAUGUCGACUGAAAAUCACUAUACUUGGCACAAUAUGAAGGAUUUUUUCUUUAAUGGCAGGAUGCCACCUGGUGCUGCAUUCAUCAACAGAGGAACGUGCAUAUAUGAUACCCAACCUUUCUGGUGGUAAUCUAAAGGCACAAGUGCACCAUUAAAUACUUACGGCUGUCGUUUAAAAUAUAUUUAUCAUAAUUACUGGGACUUACUUCUAGCUAAACUUGGCAUGGAUGUGGGUGCUAAAAUUUUGGAAAUGUCUGCCAGUUCUUACAUUCAAAAUAACUUAAGAGUGAUGUUUCAAAUAUGGCUGCUGUGGCUCUUCAUAACAUUAGAUGCUAUUACAUUUCUGUGCACAUUUUGUUGCAUUAUUCACCUACUUUCCUUUAGAAAUAUUAGAUUGUCAUCUGAAAUUCCCCAUGUAAAAUUGAUAAAGAGGCCUCAAAACAGCUGUAUUUAGAAGUUUGGUUAGCCUGAAUUUUCGCAAUAUAAGUUCCAUUUGGAUGUUAGACCAUAACAUGCACUGUGUCUUAAAAAAUAUUAGCUAAACCAUAUAACUUAUUUCAUCUAUCUUUUUUACAUUUCUACAUAUUUGUAAAAAUAAAGUCUUAUGUUCAUUAUCAUAGUA